AUGGUGAACGUCCCGAAGGAGCGCAAGACGUACUGCAAGGCCAAGAAGUGCCGCAAGCACACGACGCACAAGGUCACGCAGUACAAGGCCGGCAAGGCGUCCAACUUCGCCCAGGGCAAGCGGCGAUACGACAUGAAGCAGAUGGGCUUCGGCGGCCAGACGAAGCCCGUCUUCCACAAGAAGGCGAAGACGACGAAGAAGGUCACGCUCCGCCUCGAGUGCAAGGAGUGCAAGGCGAAGAAGCAGCUCACCAUCAAGCGGUGCAAGCACUUCGAGCUCGGCGAGAAGAAGAAGACCACGGGCCACACCUACUAG